AUGUCUCAAAAUGCAGGGCCAUUUCUUGCUUCUCCACACGUGCCUCCUGGAUUUAAUGCUCGAUUGCCAGCAUCAGCAUCGUCGCUAUUAUUAAAACGAACAACUAAUGGUCCCGUAUCUAUUGGUAAUCCACCAAGUACAUCUAUGAGUUCAAAUAUGAAUGUUCCACUUUCGUCAAUGCGAUCAAGUAAUUCGAUGGGAACUUUAAAAUCAAGCUCUAUCAGUAUGAAUCCAAUGGAUAAAUCAAAUACAAUGCCUUAUUCAUCUCGCUAUACACGAAAAGCUUGGCCUAUGUCACGCAAUCUUAAUGAUAAAAAUAUGCGUGGCUAUGAUGAACAUGAACCACCUUAUAUGCGUCCUAAUCAACCAACUCAUAGUAUUCCACCUGAGAGUAUUAAUAGUUCAUCAUUUACAAUUGAACCAGCAGCAGACGAUGAUGAAGGAGAUGAUACAACUUUUUCUGCGCGUCACAUGGCUGCUGCACGUUUUCAACGUAAUCAACGUUUAUUACAUGAAAUAUGUAAUGAAGUAUGUAUACCAGAUUUACGAUCGAAUAUUAGUGUUGAUCGUAUAUUAACAUUACGUCAUCAAGUGAAUGCACUUAAAACACAUCGUGAAACAUUUGAAAAAGAUUUAAAUGAAUUAGAAGAGAAACAUGCUGAAAAGAAACGAAGAUUCUUAGAAUCUAACGAAAAAUUUCAUAAUGAAUAUGCUGACGCAUCAACAACGAAUUUGAGUGAAGAGAAAAUCAAUGAAAUUCUACAAAAGCAUGAAGCGAUGGAAAAAUUACAAAAAGAGAAACAAUUACUUGCACUACAGCAACAACAACAACAACAACAACAAACUGUUACACCAUCAACACAAUUACAACCGCCACCACCGCCGCCACCACCACCACCACCGCCACCACUGCCACCAUUACCUUCAACAGCAGUAUCUCAACCAAUGGCACUACCAACAACGAAGACAGAACCUAUAGCUACAGUUGAAAUUUCACAGCAGCUUACAUCGACGCCUCCACCGCCUCCUGUGCAAACUCAAUCGCAAUCCUCACCAUCUAUACCACCUGUUCAAUCUGUAUCUGCCGCUCCAUCAGUACCAAGCCAAUUGCCAUCGUCUCAAUCUGUAUCAAGUCAAUUACCACCAUUACAAACUGUGCAAUCUCAAAUACCACCAACUCAAACUGUAUCACCUCAAUUAGUGUCACCGCAGCUACCACCUGCAAUAUCACAAGCUCCACCACCACCUCCUCCUGUAAUGUCUCAGAUUUCACAACAACCAUCUCAUGCAAUCUCGCAAGUUCCACAACCGCCACCUGCUGCAAUGGUACAAAUUCCACCGCAGCAACAUCAACCACCAACAUCAGCUUCUCAAGGUUAUCCAAUGAUACAUCCAGGAGGUGGAGGUUAUCCACCUGGUUAUGGUCAUGCACCAACAACUCAAUAUCGGCCACAAAUGUCUCAACGAUCAGCACAAUAUCCAUCUAAUGUUCAAUGGCAACAACAGCAGCAGCCGCCACCACAACAAUGGCAGCCAAAUGCAUACGAUUCUCGCUAUUACAGUCCAUAUCCUCCCAAUGUUCAACAAUGGUCUCAACAACAACCACCACCUCAACAACAAUGGCCAUCUAACCAACCACAACAACAACCUUUGGCACAAAUGCGCGGUCCUCCUCAUCCACAACAAGUACAAAUGUAUCCCAAUGGUGUUCAUUAUGGAUAUAGUGGCGCAGUCGCUGGAUGGAAUCCAAAUACACAUCCAUCUCAAGCAUAUGGUUAUUCACAAAAUCCACCUUAUGAUCCAUCACUUGUAUCAGGACCACCACCACAACAACAACAAUAUUAUCAACCACCACCACCACCACCACCACAAAUGCAUAAUCCUCCACAAGGCUACGAUUAUGGUCCACCACCUCCACAACAACAGAUGCCUCCUCAAUAA